AUGUUACAAGAGAAAAGAGAGAGGGAACUAAGCUGGAAAUACCUGCCGUCGCUGGAGAUUUGUCUUCGGUCGCCGGGAAUUCAUCCUCAGUCGCCGGUGUCUCUACUUUGCCCGCCGGUAUCUACUUCACCGUGGCCGGAAUUCCUCAAUUUCGAUGGUGAUGUGAGGUUGACAAGAGAAGCACGGAGAUCCCAAAGCCGUUUGAUCAACAUGCAAAGAAAUUCUGAACCAGAGGUUGAUAUGGAAGCUAAGGAAGAAAGAAUUCCAGGUUUAUAUCCAUCUUUUCGUGACUCUGACAAAUUAGAGUUUGGAUGCAAACAUUACAAGCGGAACUGCAAACUUCUUGCUUCCUGUUGCAACAAAUCAUACACUUGCAGACACUGCCACGAUGAGGCGACUGAUCACUCAAUGGAUAGAAAAGCGACAACCAUGAUGAUGUGCAUGAAAUGCUUGAUAAUCCAACCCAUAGGUCCAACAUGUUCAACCGUUUCAUGUAACGGUUUAUCCAUGGCCAGAUACUACUGCUCAAUCUGCAAACUUUUUGAUGAUGAGAGGCAAAUCUACCACUGUCCUCACUGUGACCUCUGCAGAAUUGGGGAAGGCCUGGGGAUUGACUUUUUCCAUUGCAUGAAUUGUAAUGCAUGCAUGUCAAAGUCUCUUUCGAAGCAUAUUUGUAGGGAGAAGUGUCUUGAAGUCGAUUGUCCAAUAUGCCAUGAAUACAUCUUCACAUCAAGCACUCCUCUUAGAGCACUUUCCUGCGGUCAUAUAAUGCAUUCUUCUUGUUUUGAUGCAUACACGUCUACUAACUAUACGUGUCCAAUAUGCAGCAAGUCAUUGGGGGAUAUGCAGGUAUACUUUGGGAUGAUAGAUGCAAUGUUGGCUGAAGAGACAAUUCCGGAAGAAUAUGCUGGCCAGACUCAGGACAUUUUAUGCAAUGAUUGUGAGAAGAGAGGAACUGUAUCGUUCCAUUGGCUGUAUCAUAAAUGCCCCAGUUGUGGUUCCUACAACACCCGCCUUGUCUGA